UCACGGUUCCGAUUUUCCAUUUUCUGGUCCCUAAGUGAGCCUUCUUGGAAUACAUGCGCUUUAUUCUUCACAUGGCACAGGGAAUAUGUUGUUGUCUACUAUUACCGCCACCUUCCGACGACUCUCCGCUUCUAUUCUCUGGAAGCUUUGAGACUUGACUAUCAUGCUCAGGAACAGUAUAGUGCUUCUGUUUCUACCAAUAGUUCUGCCUUGGAUUACGCGGCUUUCCGUGUGUCUGACUUCUCUCCCGGCAUCAACGAUAUGGUCAUAGAUCAGUUUAAUGCUGCCCAUACUGUAGAAGAUCUUCUACGGAACUAUCUCUACCCUUCGGAACCAUUGCUUAAAACAGAUCACUUGUGGUCCCUUUUUGAUGUGUCCUGGAAGAAGAUUUCACUCUCGCUAGCGCUCUUCUCUAAUGUUCUGAACGCAGUUUGCAAUGCGCCUGUUUUCUUAUCAUUUGUAAUAAAGGAUCUCUCAGCCAUCUUUCAACAAAUAGAUGUCCGCGCAGAACAAGCCGACUUUUUCUCUGCGGAAGUAUCUCCGCUACGUAACCGUGGCAAGACACCUACAUCUCUGUAUUCACCACGAUACAUCAACUUUUUUAAUACCGUGUGGCUCUUGCUUAAUGAUAUCGUAAUCGGAUCAGCUAUAGGCUCCUUUCUAUGCGACAAUCACAUCGUCCUUGCUUCCAUGCUUAACUCAAUGGUGGAUAACAUUCUCAUUCAAUGGACUCAAUGGGUUUUACACUGGCUAGAUUCAUGGCCUGCCGGUCUCAAGCUCAACACGGAGCUAAGUCGCUUUUAUUCGCAAACCUUUAUCGAUUUGAUAGCCAUAUGGGGUCGCGUCCUCCAAUCAGGAGCUCCCCAUCUACCGACGAUUAUAUACUUCUUUGGUAUCGCCAGCUGGGGAGGGGCGACUUUGUUUAUUUCACUAUUCUCCGACCUCCUGGCCAUCUUGACCGCCCACAUAUAUGUCUGUUAUUUCGUAUCCAAUGCUGUCUACGCAAGGCUUCUGACUGCUGCUGGAUCAUUGUGGAAUCUUUCCCGAGGUAAACGAUACAACACCCUACGCAAUCGUACCGACACUCGGGAGUACGAUAUCGAUCAACUUGUCUUUGGUACAAUUUUGUUCACACUCUUGGCGUUUUUGUUCCCAACGAUAUUAGUGUACUACUCCCUUUUUGCUUUGAUGCGGUUGGCAAUCAUUCUAGUGCAGGCAUGUCUGGAAACUCAAUUGGCCUUCAUGAACCAUUUUCCUUUGUUUGCAUUGAUGCUUCGUGUCAAAGAUCAGUGGCGACUUCCAGGUUUUGUCUUCGGUUUUGUCUCCUUUUGUGUUACUGAUAUCCCUUUAGGUGGAAUAUAUUUUAUCCUUGAAAGAAAUAAGCAUGUCCUAGUUAUCCAAAGCCUGCCAGUCCCUUUCUCUUCCAUAUUCUUCCAGUAUAUUCGCUUGUCCUCUCGCCUGGCGUCCCACUAUAAUCCGCUUCGGUUGCUACGUCGAUUACUAACCGGGAAGCUCCUUGAACCUAUACCCCGGUACUCGAUCCGCUACAGUAAAUCCACUAAAAAGCGAACAGAGUAAUAUAUUUAGCUUCUUGUUACGUCAUACAACACUAG